CCUCACCUCCCCUCCUCCGCCUCCUCGACCUGUGUCUCUAUAGACUUACUCUAGCUCUUGGCAGUUGAUAUCAGUAAUGUCUGACUCGGUAGAUAUUGUGUUAGAAUUCUUGAGAAAGAACCGAUUUACGAAGGCAGAGGCUGCUCUAAGAGGGGAACUUGGUAGCCAGCCCCUUUUGGAUGGGUCCUCUGAGAAAAACCUUGCCAAAGAGAAAGAAGAAGUGAGAGAAGAAAGUAUACCAGCUACUAGUUUAAGUCAGCAAGAUGCAGCCCCUCGGAGGAGUAGCGAGCUCUCCCAGGAGUUCAUCAUCAAGGAUAUUGCAGUAGGAAGAAGUGGAAAUGGGUCGGAAAAUAAGAAAGCGCUUGCGAAGAAUCAGGGGUCAGGGAGCAGUUUGACAGAUCUUUACCCAUGGAGUUCUACUCCCAUCAACAGCGCUACAAGUUAUUUAUCAAAGGAAAGUGAUAAUAUUGCUAACAACUUCUCUGAACUUAUGAUAUCUGAGCAACCAAAGUUCUUUCCAAAUAAGAAGAAUUCUAUUGGAAACAAAUCAGAAUUUUCAACGGAUCAAAGAAGUACUUACAGUGGGAGCAGCGAAAAAACAAAUUUUAAAGACUGUUAUAUGGAGAAUUCAUGGUUAAAAGGGGGUGAAUUGUCAAAAGAAUGCCCAGUUAAGACCCUUUUCCCACUUUCUUCAAGUAAUGCAUCAACCAGUUAUGAUGGUAUCCCAUGUAAUCGUGAUGACCGUGUGGAGAGGAAGAAGAAACCUGAACACAAUGACGUUAGUGAAGUAACAAAAAAGCAGGCUGAUGAUGUAGGUAUGCCUUUUGUUUCUGGAGCAUCGCAGGAGAGUUUGAAUAAAAAAAAUACCAGGAGCUUUGAUAUGCCACUUACUAUGGAAAAUCAUAGGGAAGACUUCCCACAGUUACCUCAUGUAAGGCUCAAAUCUAUUGACAAGUUGGUAAAUAUGAAUUGGGAGGGAAAGAAUGAUCUCCAUGGAUCUGGCAUCGAGCAGUCAAGUGCAGAUAACGCCUUUUUGAUUGGAUCUUUUUUGGAUGUUCCCAUUGGGCAGGAUAUCAGUACUUCAGCAGGUGGGAAGCGAACAGCUGGUAGUAGUUGGCUCUCUGUAAGUCAAGGAAUUACAGAAGAUACUUCUGAUCUGGUAUCUGGUUUUGCUACUCUUGGUGAUGAUUCAGCAGAUUAUCCAAAUGAGUACUGGGACUCUGACGAGUAUGAUGAUGAUGAUGAUGUUGGGUACAUGAGACAGCCUAUUGAAGAUGAAACCUGGUUCCUAGCUCAUGAGAUUGACUAUCCUAGUGACAAUGAAAAAGGUACAGGGCACGGGAGUGUCCCUGAACAGCAAGACCAGGUUCCAAGGAAGGAUGAAGAUGAUGACCAAUCUUUUGCUGAAGAGGACUCGUAUCUCUCAGGCGAGCAAUAUUUCACAGGAAAGAAUAUUCACCAAGUUGGUGCAUCAAAUAGAAACAAUCUGAUAGUUCAUUAUGAUGGGCAGUUGUUGGAUGCGGAAGAGUUAAAUUUAAUGCGCGGUGAGCCUGUGUGGCAGGGCUUUGUUACUCAAACCAAUGAAUUGUCCAUGGUAGGAAAUGGUAAAGUUGGGAAUGAUUGUGAAAGGCCUCAGAAUGAUGAUCUCAUUAUAGAAGAUGAUCGGCAUGGCUCUGUUAGGUCAGUUGGUGUAGGCAUAGGCAGUGACGUUGCUGAUAUUGGCAGCGAAAUACGAGAAAGUUUAAUUGGUGGAAGCAGUGAAGGAGACAUAGAAUACUUUCAUGAGCAUGGUGGUGGCAUUAGUAGCAGCAAGGAUUUUGAACAUGACAUAACUAUGAGCAAUUUUAAUAGGCCAAACAGGAAUAAGAAGAAAACUAAACAAACGGCAACAAAUUUUAUUGAUGCCGGCUUUUCUUUUCCUCCUCCACGAAGCAAAGGAUGUAAAUCAGGGUCUGUUGUUACCGAGGUUAACAAUGACUGCGAGAAAGGUACCAGUGCAGAAGAUAUGCUUGCCACAUGGAGACGAAGUAGUGAUUCGUCUCCACUGAGAAGUUCAAGAGAUGAAAAAGUUUCUGAUGCUGCUAGAUCAAGGAGCACAAGUGCAUCAUCAGCCUCAAACUACGCUUAUGCAGAAAGAGAGAAUUUCAAGAAAAAGCAAGUUGGCAAAGGAAAUGAUGUGAUGGAAACAGACCCUGGGGCGACUCUGGAGGAUGAAGAAGCGGCUGCACUGCAGGAGCAAGUUAGACAAAUAACAGCUCAAGAGGAGGAAUUUGAGACCUUCAACCUUAAGAUUGUGCAUAGAAAAAACAGAACGGGCUUUGAAGAAGACAAGAAUUUCCAUGUUGUGCUGAAUUCAGUGAUUGCUGGUCGCUAUCAUGUUACUGAAUAUCUAGGAUCAGCAGCAUUUAGCAAAGCUAUUCAGGCUCAUGAUUUGCACACUGGCAUGGAUGUUUGUGUGAAGAUUAUAAAGAACAACAAGGACUUUUUUGACCAGAGUCUUGAUGAAAUCAAGCUUCUUAAAUUUAUUAACCAGCAUGAUCCUGCGGACAAGUAUCAUCUUUUGCGCUUGUAUGAUUACUUCUAUUAUCGGGAACACUUGCUGAUAGUUUGUGAACUUCUCAAGGCAAACUUAUAUGAAUUUCACAAAUUUAAUCGGGAAUCAGGUGGAGAGGUUUAUUUCACAAUGCCGAGGCUGCAGUCAAUUGCAAUACAGUGUUUGGAGGCACUUGAAUUUUUACAUGGUCUUGGCCUAAUACAUUGUGAUUUGAAGCCGGAGAAUAUUCUGGUAAAAAGCUACAGUAGGUGUGAAGUAAAAGUUAUCGACCUUGGUAGUAGUUGCUUCCAAACAGAUCAUCUAUGUUCUUAUGUGCAAUCUCGGUCUUAUCGUGCACCUGAAGUUAUACUGGGCCUCCCCUAUGAUAAAAAGAUAGAUGUAUGGUCACUUGGAUGCAUCUUAGCGGAACUUUGCACAGGAAAUGUUCUCUUCCAAAAUGAUUCUCCUGCUACUCUACUUGCACGUGUGAUAGGGAUCAUAGGUCCUAUUGACCAAGUUCUGCUUGCAAAGGGACGAGAAACAUACAAAUAUUUUACAAAGAACCACAUGCUAUAUGAAAGGAAUCAGGAAACCAGCAGAUUAGAGUAUUUGAUCCCGAAGAAAUCAUCUUUGCGUCAUCGGCUGCCUAUGGGAGAUCAGGGCUUUAUUGAUUUUGUUGCUCAUCUUCUGGAGGUAAACCCAAAGAAACGUCCAUCGGCAGCAGAAGCAUUGAAGCAUCCAUGGCUCUCCUACCCAUAUGAACCCAUAUCAUCUUGAAUGGGGAGAGAGUCUACUGGUGAAAAUAUAUUUCUUCGCCGCUUAAGCGGAAUAUGCUGAGCUGUACAUUGGAGCUUCGGACGUUUAAAGAUUGGGAUUUUAUCACUGAUACAAGAUUUGAUUGGCCCCUGGUAGCAGGAUUUUGUGUUGUAGUCUAAAUUGAGCGAUUCGUCUGUUGUAAGUCAAGAGCGUAAUUUGGUGAGAAUUACAUGCUAACUGAUCAUUGGUUGUGGUUUUUUGGUGGAAUGUGGGAGGUCAUGUUUUGUGUAUAGGAUGUGAUUAUUGUUUUGGCCCCAUUAAUCAAAUGUUUGGUGCCCAAAAUCUUAGUGCAUGUAUUCUAGCCGUAGUCAUCAAAGUGUAUUCUCACAUAAGAGCGGGCUGUAUGUUUAACUUACUAUUUUAUUGUUUUGUUUUAUAUUUUCCACUGAUUGGUUGGUA